AUGACCGACGACAUCUACCCUCCUCCCUCCAAGCCCACCACCCACCCCGGAGGCCCCCCGGCCUUCCCGCCCACCAAGGCCCAAGCGACCGACGCCGCUCACCAGCCGUCAUGCUCUUCGCCGUGCUUGGCGGCGGCAUUUUCUUUGCCAUCAUCAUCCUCGUUGCUCUCACCGGUAGCAAUUUCUAUUCCAUUUACCGCCUACCUCGACCUUAACAUCACCUCCUGCAACUCCAACAAGAAGCUCGUCUACCACUACGACCCCAUCGCCUUCUCCAACCUCUUCGGUGCGCUCCAACCUCGGCGACAGACCCUUCCGUACGUUCGUCCAGGACAUGGGGAGCGUGACCCCUCCCUCUGCGUUGGCUUCCAUCUCCAGUCAAGCAUUGGACAAUGCGACGACGUCAGGCUUGCAGUGGAACUGCGAUGGGUGGAGGUAGAGACCGGCGUGAAUAUUGGCGGGCUGAAGACGAAACAGAUCGACAUGAAGGUGUUGUGCGAAGGGCUUAGCGUGACAUUGCCAGCGGGGAAGAAGGCGGGCGUUGCCUCGCCAAGGGAUGACUGCACCGUCAAGCUCCGCCUCAAGAUCUGGAAGUGGCAGAGGCAGCUACAUUAG